AAUGGCUUAACCGUAAUUCUAUUCGUCCACGACACACAGACUUAUCUUCAGUUUUUCCUGUGGCUGAAAUGAAUUCAUUCUUGCAUGCGAAGUGAUUGUUCGGCAAUGCAUGCAAAAAUGAGAAAGUACACCUAUAUAUGAAAUGGUCCGGUAAAAGAGGUGUCUGAAGGAUUUUAGAAUGUGGAACAAAAUGAAUGGUGGUGAGACAAGCAGCAAGCCUCAUGUGGUAGUCAUUCCCUACGUCGGGCAGGGCCAUCUUAUUCCUUUCCUGGAGCUCACAAAGCUUCUCGCCUCCCAGGGUCUCAUUGUUUCCUACAUAUCCACACCAGGCAACGUUGCACGUCUGCAGCCUCAAGUGGAUCAUGCGGUCAACAGUUCGAAUCCUGGCGUCGACAUACGCCUGGUUUCGCUUCCCAUGCCUCCCAUCGAGGGCCUGCCGCCGGGAAUUGAAAGCGCCGAUAAUAUUCCGGUUCAUAUGAGUGGAAUACUUAUGAAGUCGUCCUACAAGCUCGCUGGCCCGUUCGAGCAAUGGCUGGAGCUGCAGAUGAAAAGCGCAGAGGAUCAGAUCCAGAAUUCCCCGUCUCCUCCCGUUUGUUUAAUAAGCGACAUGUUCACGUCGUGGGUUCACAAAUCCGGGGCCAAAUUUGGGCUUCCCACCGUGGUUUUCCAGACAUCGGGAGCAUUUGCGAUGUCUGUUAUGCAUUCCUUCAUGAAGCACACCCCCCACAAGAAUGUGGAAGGAGACGACGAGUAUUUCCAGGUCCCCGACCUUCCCUUCGAUUUUCAGCUGCGUAAAUCCGAUCUGCCUUUCAUCAUGCGAGACCCGGACAUGAAUCCCAUGCAAAGUUUCGUCACGGAAGAGAUCGAUCGCAGCAUGGAAGGAAGCGGUCUGAUUUUCAACACGUUUUACGAGCUGGACUCGCUGGGGGUCGACCACAUUAAGAGGUUAACCAAGAGGCCUGUUUGGAGCAUUGGCCCUAUUCUUCCCAAGAAGAUUUUCGAUGCAGAGGGAGUCGAACGCGCGACCCGUGACAGCAGAGGAAAGGCGGCGGAUAUAAGUGAGGCGGAUUGCUUGCAAUGGUUGGAUAGCCGAAACUCUAAUUCAGUAAUUUUUGUGUGCUUUGGGAGCCAGUCGUCUCUGAACAAACAACAGACAGAAGCCUUGGCAAGGGGCCUGGAAGCGAGCCAGCAGGCGUUCAUAUGGGCUCUCAAGCGGCUUCCGGAGAUAGAGCUGCCAGAGGGAUUUCAAGAGCGGACUAAGGAUAGAGGGCUGGUCAUAUGGGGCUGGGCGCCACAGCUCUUGAUCCUGUCCCAUCCUUCCACUGGAGCUUUUCUAAGCCACUGCGGAUGGAACUCCACGCUGGAGAGUAUCAGCCUGGGUGUCCCCAUGAUCACGUGGCCCAUGUUUGCAGAGCAGCCUUUCAACAGUAAGCUUCUGGUUGAGCAUUUGGGUAUUGCAGUGCAAAUUUGCUCCAACAUGGACGGCGUGGGGGACGAGCAUGUCGUGAAAAGAGAGGUUAUAAAGCUUUUGGUAGAAGAGGAAGGGAAGAUGAUGAGAAUGAGAGCUCAGGAACUGCGCAAAAAGGCAAAAAUGGCAGUUGAGAAAGGCGGGACUUCUCACGCAAAUCUGCAGGCAUUUAGAGAGUAUGUGCGUGAGCGGCAUGACAACUGGGUUCUCAGUCGUCGCUCAAAUGAAGAGAAGGGUAAGCCAGAGAAGAAUAAGCCAUGCACUAUAUUGUGAGGGAAGGAAUCAUUCUACAGAAUGAAUUAUAAGUAGAACUAAAUUAUGUACUUUAUUUCUAGAACAAACUUGCAGGGCAGCAAUACAAAAUUAUGAAGUUAUUGUAA